AUGUUGGAAUUUGUGGCAGAGGAUAAAACGACUACCCGGUCCGGCCCAUAUGGAUGCUUUGGAAGUUGGUUCCGCUUCCCAACUCUAUGUAUGUUAAGACUUUGCCAACGACUAGCUUUCCCAAAUCCUAUUGCUCCUCCACCACGUUCCUUUGUGCAUUCUUCUUCAUCUUCCUCCAAAAACUAUCCAUUUUUGCGCACAAGCCCAGAAAUUUCAAGACUCCGUUUUGCAAUGGCAAAUCCAUCUCAAGCUGUCUCGAGCAGAGGACCAAUCACUCAUGUCAUCUUCGAUAUGGACGGCCUCUUACUCGACACAGAGAAGUUCUAUACUGAAGUCCAGGAAAUUAUACUGGCUAGGUAUAAUAAAACUUUUGAUUGGUCUCUGAAAGCCAAAAUGAUGGGGAAGAAAGCAAUAGAAGCUGCUCGGGUCUUUGUUGAAGAGACUGGAAUUAGUGACACCCUUACUGCUGAGGACUUUCUAGUUGAAAGAGAGGCACAGCUGCAGAGUAUGUUUCCGACAAGCGAGCUUAUGCCAGGGGCUAGCCGCUUGAUCAGGCAUCUUCAUGAGAAAGGAAUACCGUUUGCCUUAGCAACAGGUUCUCAUAAGCGGCACUUUGAAUUGAAAACACAACGCCAUGGUGAACUUUUUUCAUUGAUGCAUCAUGUUGUCCUUGGCGAUGAUCCAGAAGUUAAACAAGGGAAGCCCUCGCCGGAUAUAUUCCUUGCAGCAGCCAAAAGAUUUGAGGGUGCCCCAAUUGAUCCAAAGAAAAUUCUGGUGUUUGAAGAUGCACCCGCUGGAGUUCUUGCAGCUAAAAAUGCUGGGAUGUCGGUUGUCAUGGUUCCAGAUCCAAGGCUGGACAGCUCUUUUUAUGAUAUUGCAGACCAAGUUCUGAAAUCCCUGUUGGAUUUAAACCCAAAUGAUUGGGGUCUUCCUCCAUUUGAAAAUCCAGCGAGCUAA